AUGUGUUUACCAUUUGAUAAUAAAAAACCUAAUACUUUUUAAGGAAAGAGAUCAGUUUUUCAGUUGUAAUUGAUUGCUUUUAUUUAAUUGGCUUUGUUAUUUGCAAGAUAAGUGGCCUAAUUUGAGUUAGGAGAAUUGUUUGAAAUAAUUUUCAUAAUUUUAUUAUGGUCAGCCUGGUCUUCUUUAGGAAGUUGUUAAUGCCUUGUCUAUAUAGUUAUAACUUUAUAUCAUGUAUUCAUAAUAAUUACUCAAGAUUUUAUUAAAAGGACUAUAUUUUGCUACUCGUUUUUAGAAUGAUAAACCCUUAUUAGGAGAAAGUGGAAGAGAAAAGAUUCUAGGCAUUUUACAUUUGACAACACUAUUAUUCUAUAUAAUUGCUUAAUAUAUUGUCUUUUUGGCCUAUAAAGAAUUCAUGGCUUUGGAAAUUGAGAAAGACUAUACAAUAGAAGAACCUGAAAGUAUGGAUUAAUUAACAUUAAGGGAGACCUUUACAAUAAAAUGAAAGGAAUUAAUAGCCCACAGUUGUAAAUAAUUCUGCGUUUACAGGGAAAGGAAUAACAAUUGGUUGA